GUGAAUAGGUGUGAGUUAGAGAUCCAGAAUCUGUCAGCUCUGUUUUCAUCGCAGCAAUACCUGCAGUCUGCAGCGCAGCUGUGGAAAAGUUGUAAUUAAACAGUUUUUACAUUGCAAGAGGGGAUUCAGAAUUGAUUCUCUUCUUGGGUGAGUCUUGAAGGAGCUCUGUCACUUUGUGCUCUUAUUCCUCCUUUGUUGUUUCUCUCUCCCCAGGUUUCAUUGCCUCCGACAUGACUUCCAGGAACUCCAGCACGCAGCUGUGGCUGAUCACACACUACCAUGAGAUGGGCUCCCUGUACGACUACCUGCAGCUGACCACGCUGGACACGGUGAGCUGCCUGCGCAUCGUGCUGUCCAUCGCCAGCGGGCUGGCCCACCUGCACAUCGAGAUCUUCGGCACGCAGGGCAAGCCGGCCAUCUCCCACCGCGACCUCAAGAGCAAGAACAUCCUCGUCAAGAAGAACGGGCAGUGCUGCAUCGCCGACCUGGGCCUGGCAGUUAUGCAUUCCCAAAGCACAAACCAGCUGGACGUGGGGAACAAUCCCCGUGUGGGCACCAAGCGCUACAUGGCCCCGGAGGUGCUGGACGAGACGAUCCAGGCAGACUGCUUCGACUCCUACAAGCGGGUGGACAUCUGGGCCUUCGGGCUGGUGCUCUGGGAGGUGGCCAGGCGCAUGGUUAGCAACGGUAUUGUGGAAGACUACAAACCACCCUUUUAUGACCUGGUUCCCAACGAUCCCAGUUUUGAAGACAUGAGGAAAGUGGUCUGUGUGGAUCAGCAGAGGCCCAACAUUCCCAACAGAUGGUUCUCAGACCCGACGUUAACGUCCCUCGCCAAGCUGAUGAAGGAGUGCUGGUACCAGAACCCAUCCGCCAGACUGACAGCCCUGCGCAUCAAAAAGACUUUGACCAAAAUUGACAAUUCCUUAGACAAACUGAAAGCUGACUGUUGACCCUCUGCUCGUGGUGCUGUCCCCGCAGGAAGGCACUGGGCUGGCCCGCAGGGCUCUGGUGCCCACGGGGCUGCUCGGAGCGGCAGUUCUGGGGAGCAGCUGUGGGAACACUGGGACCCCUGGACUGCUCGGACACAGCUGCACCCACCCCUGGGGAGCGCUGAGGACUCAGCUGGAUGUGCUGUUGCUGAGGUAGUGGCCUGAAGGAAGACAGAGAAAUCCUAAGACAAGAUCAGGGCAUUAAACAAUGGCUUUGAACAGCUUUUUUCUUUUUUUUUUUUUUUUUCUCUUUUUUUUUUUUUUUUUUUUUUUUAUUUUAAUUCUCCUAAUCACUCCCAGGGUGAAUACGUGGAAGUGGUAAAUUUUAAUCAGCAAUAUUGCCUGUGCUUCUCUUCUUUAUUGCACUAGGAAUUCUUUGCAUUCCUUACUUGCACUGUCACUGUUAAUUUUAAUGACAUGACUUGCCAAAAAUACGAUUGGCUGUAUCCUGCAUUGAUCUGUACCCGAGUAAUAGGAAAAGAAUUCGGUAAACUGAAAAUGUAACUGUCAGACUUUAGCUGCAUUUUACAUGUGUACUGAUGUUUACAAUAAUGCUGAACAUUAGGAAUUUCUCGUUUAUCCAAAACUUGCAAAUUAUUUAUUACUAGUGCACUUGCCAGUUUUUUAAACUGUAAAAUAAGUGCAUAAAGUUAAAGCUUAUUUUUAUGUGGCCUCUUUCAUGAUUUCUUACACGGACGUUUUUUGUAACACAAUAUAACCUGAAACAUGAAUUGUUUUAUGUAUUAUCAUAUUACAACUCGAUAGUCACAUUUUAAGUGCUUCACAUUUGUAGGUGUGUGGUCUGUACCAUAUUUUCAGUUGGAAUAUGGAACGUAUAUAUAGCCAUUUCCCACAGGACCUUGCGUCUGGCAUCUUACUGAUCUGGGAAAGGAAAGCAAUGGAGGAGUUAACUAGAAUUUUAGGUCAUGAAUGCUGUGGGGAAAAUGCAUUUUAUUUCUUCUAAGCUAUAUAAUAUGCAUUUAAACUCUGCCAGAAAAAUAACUAUUUUGUUUUAAUCUACUUUUUCUAUUUAGUAGUUAUUUGUAUAAAUUAAAUAGAAUGUUUUCAAGUCAAA